AAAGAAUCCUAAACCCAAUCCCACGCUGAAAGUUGAGUUCACCUUCCAGUCUUCCCACCCUAACAAACCAUCGCCUCUCCGAAUCAGUUCCAACUUUUGAAAAAAUAAACAAAUAUUCAUUAUAUAAAUCUCUCUCUCGGCAAAUAUAUAAAUCUCGUGUGAAGAACUAACUCCGCCGGCGAAGAUCCGUCGCCAUGUACGUUGCAAGGAGAGUCUCCGACGGCGAUCGCCGUCUUCUCCUCGUCCUCGUAAUCCCUUCUCUCUCCCUCCUCCUCUUACUCUCCCUCUCUACCAUCACUCUUGAUCCUUUUCCCACUACUCUCGCCCCUCUCCGUAACCUAAUCUACUCUCAUCAUACCCUAACCGCCACCACCGCCGAAACUUCAGAUUUCGCAGCCGAAUUAUCCGAUUCGAGCCCUAGAGACGUAAAUCCGGAGGGGAAUCCGCGGCGGAGAAAGAGGGAUGAGUUAGUGAAUUCGAAGAUUGCGGUGUGUUUGGUCGGAGGAGCGAGACGGUUCGAGCUAACGGGACCGUCGAUCGUUGAGAAGAUCCUGAAGGUUUAUCCUAACGCGGAUUUGUUUCUCAAUAGCCCUCUCGACAACAAUUCUUUCAAGCUUCGGCUGCUCAAGGACGCACCGAGGCUCGCGUGGGUUCGUAUCUUCGAGCCUAAGCCUAUCACCGAGACUGAGCCGAUGGUUCGAGUCCUCACACCCAUGCACUCGCCCAAUGGCAUUAAGGGAUUAUUACAGUACUUCAACCUCGUAGAAGGUUGCAUCACGAUGAUAAAGGCGUACCAAAGCGAGAAUAACUUCACAUACGACUGGGUAAUCCGGACCCGUGUUGACGGUUACUGGACUGACCCGAUCGACCCGGGAUACUUCACACCGGGUCAGUACCUAGUCCCACCUGGGUCCUGCUACGGUGGCCUCAACGACCGCUUCGGAGUCGGCGAUCUCAACACCUCCACGGUGGCUCUCUCUCGCCUCUCCAUCAUCCCCGAUCUCGACUCCGCCGGGUUGACUAGUCUCAACUCCGAGUCCGCUUUCAAGGCUCAGCUUACAACUCACCGUGUCCCUUACGUCACCAAACCUCUCCCUUUUUGCAUCAUGUCAGACCGGACCUACGACUUUCCUCCCUCUAGCUACGGAGUUCCCGUGGCUGCAGUUUCGAGCCGCGGACCGUUGAACGGUGUCAAGUGCCGUCCGUGCACGGUCGCGUGCAGUGGCUCGUGCGUGGCGGAAGCAAUGGGAAAGCUGAACAAAGGGUGGAGCUGGACGGAGUGGGAGAACGGAACGAUGAAGCUGUGCGACGCACAUGGAGAAUGGGAGGAAGGCUGGGAGAAGAUAUUUGACGACGUCGCCGGCGAAAAACUCGCACGUGCGAGGAAACGAGUCGGAAGUUUGGAUUCGAGAUGUGUGGAAGACUUUGAAGUAAUGAGAGGAAUGACCGAUAAAUGGGAAGCUCCCGCCUCCGAACAGAUCUGUAUGUUGGGCUUAAGGCCCAGUUCGAACAGAUAAUUUUUAGGUCCAACUUAAUUCGAUAAGAAAUUUACCCAAUUUUUGUUUUUAGUUGUUUUUACUCAUUGUGUUAGGUUGGAGAAAAUAUGUCAGGUUUCAUUUUGAUGUUUGAAAAUUAAAUGUGUUUCGAAGAAUAUAUAUCAUAUACUAAUAUUCCGACUUGAGACAAUUACUGAGCCUUAUGAAAAGA